AUGCCACCCCGAGGACCUACAAAAAGUCGCGAUUUCGACUACUCCAAUGUGGGUAAGGCUGGUAGACGUACGGGCAUUACUCUAAGGGAAGGGAAACUUGAUGAACAUGGCAUGGAAGAGAUUGAGGGGAUUUUCUCAUCACCAGAGAAAUCUCCUGUUAAGGUUAAUGGCCAUGGCUAUGGAAACGAUACGUUGAAUUCGGAGGAUAUGGAAACCGGAGACAGCCGACGCGGACAACGAAACCCCUUACUUUUACUCCCUCGAUCGCGCUCCCCGAUGAAAACACACAUGUCCGGUUCCCCUCGAAGAACUCCAGGGAUCCGUUCGUCUUCUGUUGCGCAUCAUGGACAAUCAUCCAGUCCUACUUCUGCGCGCCCAGCAGCUAGAAGGGCUCUCGACUUUUCUCAUGCGCCACGCUUAGCCAGAUCUUCUCCCCAGGCGUCCCUGGAAGUCAGUGAACCUGCGGACUUCUCGGAUGAUGGAGGGGAGGAUACGCACUUUGUAGAGUCGUACGGAGAUUAUCACGAAGACUUCGAUAAUGCAGAUGGCGGCUCGCCAAAAGGUUAUAAUCAAAAUGAUGGCGACAAUCAUGAGAAUGACUUACCAGAUGAAGACCCAGAUAAGCCAGAUGAUGUAGAAAGUGAACCCUCACCCUCAAUAGUUGCGAAAACGGCAGGGGCGAAGCGCAGGAACGUGCCUUCCAAACCAAAGGGCCCAAUCCGAAAAAAACAAGAACGUGAGGUAAAUUCAGACAAAGUCACUGAUGCGCCAGCUAAGUCUGCACAAAAACAACGAGGAAGAAAGCCAAAAGCCGUAACUACAGAUAUAUAUCAUGAUGUCGACGAGGAAGCGGAAAGUUCGAGAGCACCGAAGAGAGCGAAAACAGGUGGUUCAAAAUGGCGAUCCAACCUCCAUAUGUCCGUCGAGCAAGAGCAAGAACUAAAUUCAGUAGUGGAAAACAUCACAAAGCGAAGUGGACCCUUGAAAAACCGAAGUUUAUAUAUUCUCAAAAGAGAAACCCCUUCAGAUGAAUCUGCAAGGCACACUCGUUCUGGCCGAGUAUCAGUGCGUCCACUUGCGUAUUGGCGCAACGAACGGUGUGUGUAUGGAGAUGGGGCUGCGGAAGUUGGACAACGUUUUCCGUUAUCGACGAUCAAAGAAAUUAUUCGAACAGAAGAACAGGAUACCAGGGUAGACAGGAAGACGAAAAAAUCCAAGAAAAAAUCUAAAUCUAAGUCCAGAUCAAAAAGAUCAAGGGACGAUCCAUCUGAUGAUGAUGAAGAUAUAGAUAAUGUAGAGCCGUGGGAAACGGAAGAAGGAGUGUUCUACGGCCCGGUGAAGAAGUGGGACCCGGUAACCCAAAGCGCUACGCAAGAAGAGGAGAUGAUAGAAACGCAUGAAGUGAAAGAUUCUACAUUCCGCUUCGCAAAAAUACUCAAUAACGUCUUUCUGGGUUCUGGGUUUGUUGACAUGCCUCCUGGUGCCGUCAAGAGACCAAAAAACUCUAAGAAAAUGCAUAUGGUGUUUUUUGUCUACCACGGCCGAAUACGCGUUAAUGUAUCGGAUCUUCAAUUCAGUGCUGGAAAGGGGUGCGUUUUUCAAGUUCCCCGAGGAAAUAAUUACAGCUUCGCUAAUGAUUAUGACAAACCUGCUGCGCUCUUCUUUACCCAGGGAUGUGUUCCCCCGAGCAAGGAGGGUGAGAUUGAUGGUACUGAGCCAGCUUCCGUACAUCCUGGAAUAUCUGCGGACGCACCACAGGGCACGAAGAGAGCCAGAACGAAGCAGAGUUGA